ACAGCGUGUGCGGAAAAAGGAGAACUCGAUCUAGCUGAAUUCCUGUUACUUGAGUCUUGGCAGAAAAUUCGAUUGCGGAAAAGAAAAGAUUCCUACCUGGAGGUUUCUACACAUUAAAUUGCUCUCAGGUAUCUUUGCCGAGUUUUAAGGCAGAUAAAUGUUCAGACAAGAGUUUCCAGUUGCGAUAACACGGAGACGUUAUACGACCCGACAUUUUCUUUUCCAUGUAGGCUGAUAUCCUGAAUCCCGAACCAUCCUGAAUCCAUAUCCUGAAACAGAUAGAUGUCUAUAAGAAAAAGAUACAGAGAAAAAACGACGAUAACAAAGAAGAAGAAGGAGAAGAGGAAAAAAAAUGUCUUACAUGUAUCGACUUUCGUUCACUUUGUACAUCCGCCAAAGAUAUAUGCUCAUUCUUUUUGCGUCAUUACCGUCAGAUAUCCUUGACUAUAACUUCUCCGCGUAACACAUCGUUACAUAAUAGCGUGGAUGGUCAUUUUACUUCAAUACGCUUCUAAUUAGUGCACGGGCAGAUAUUUUGUUGACUUUUACCUGCUCGCGCGUGUCUUCGUCGAUAUUUUUUGUUUUCCUGUCCUUUUUUUCUUUUAAGGCCGAAUGUCACGGACGUAUGUGCACUCGGCAAGAAUAAUUAGCAUUAAUUAUAUACUCGCAUAAAACUCCGUUUAACGUAAAAAUACGAAAUUAUGCGCGUACGAAGAUACUUACGGAAAAAGGAGGGAAAGGAAAGCAUUAACAGCAAACGGGCCGAUUGGCUUAAGCUGUUUAUCUAGGAUCGUUCACAAUUACCUCGCAAGCGUUCAUGUUUUUCGAAGAAUGCCAAGAUACACGGCAGGUCGACUUGACGCUCAGUCAACGCGUCGCAGCUGAAGUGGCUGGAUUGCCGAGAAAGAUCAGCGAAUUCAAUUUUUAUAAAUAAUCGAUUGCACGGCUCAUUUAGUGUCCUUUCAACUUUGCAACCUGCGGAACCAUGAAAACUGCGAAGAAUCUCCCGAAGAUAUCGACGGAGGAGAGCCUGCUGUACAUCAGGCAAUCUCUCAAGUCAAACGAGAUGGACCAUUUGGAAGGGACUCACUUCGACAGGCAUAUUCCUCAUGUGUUCAUUAUUCUCGGGGCGUCUGGUGAUCUCGCCAAGAAGAAGAUCUACCCGGUCCUCUGGUGUCUCUUCCGGGACAGUCUCCUGCCGAAACCCACCGCAUUCGUCGGCUACGCCAGGUCGCCGUUGACGCUGCAGAAACUGCGCGAGAAGUGCGAGCCGUACAUGAAUGUGAAGUCGUACGAGGCCGGGAAGUGCGACGAAUUUUGGAAGUUGAAUCAUUACGUCUCCGGCACGUAUGACUCGCACGAAGACUUCCAGAGGCUGAAUAACGAAUUAAAGAAACACGAGCAGGGGAACGUCGCGCACAGGAUCUUUUACUUGGCGCUGCCGCCGACCGUCUUCCACAACGCAACGGUGCACAUCAAAAAUGCCUGUAUGGGAGACAAAGGAUGGACGAGGGUCAUCAUCGAGAAGCCGUUUGGCUUCGACGCAGCCUCGUCGAAAGUGCUCUCCGAUCACUUAGCGUCGCUGUUCAGCGAAGAGCAGGUCUAUCGUAUCGAUCAUUACCUCGGCAAAGAGAUGGUACAGAACCUGAUGACCCUGCGCUUCGGCAACCGAGUGUUCAACCCGACGUGGAACAGGGACAAUAUAGCCUCGGUGCAGAUCACUUUCAAGGAGCCGUUCGGCACCGAGGGUAGAGGCGGCUACUUCGACGAGUUCGGCAUCAUUCGCGACGUGAUGCAGAAUCAUCUGCUGCAGAUCUUGUCUCUGGUGGCUAUGGAGAAGCCCGUAUCGUGCCACCCGGACGACAUCAGGAACGAGAAGGUGAAGGUUCUGCGGUGCAUCAAGGAACUGGAGCUCGAGCAAGUGGUCCUCGGUCAGUACGUCGGCGAUCCGGAAGCGGAGGAUCCGAGUGCGCGUUUAAGCUACUUGGACGAUCCCACGGUGCCGUCCGACUCCAACACGCCGACCUUCGCAUUCGCCGUGUUGAAGAUAAACAACGAAAGAUGGGACGGAGUACCGUUCAUCCUCAGGUGCGGGAAAGCUCUGAACGAACGAAAGGCCGAAGUCAGGGUCCAGUAUCAGGAUGUACCUGGCGACAUCUUCGACGGGAAGGCGAAGAGGAACGAGUUGGUGAUAAGGGUGCAGCCUGGCGAAGCGUUGUACGUCAAAAUGAUGACAAAGUCACCCGGUAUCACGUUCGACAUGGAGGAAACGGAAUUGGAUCUCACUUACAGCAAUAGAUACAAGGGCUUGAAAUUACCGGAUGCGUACGAAAGGUUAAUCCUGGACGUGUUUUGCGGAUCGCAAAUGCAUUUCGUGCGAAGCGACGAAUUGAAUGAAGCGUGGCGCAUAUUCACACCAUUGCUGCACCGGAUCGACAAGGAGAAAAUCCGGCCGAUACUUUACAAGUACGGAUCUCGAGGACCGAAAGAAGCUGACGAUAUGGCAAAGGAAAAUAAUUUUGCUUACUAUGGUUCGUACAAAUGGGUGAAACCGUGACAUUAACAUCGUCUGCCGCGCGAAAGAUUCAUGCUCGUGCAAAGUACAAAUCUCGACAUAAAUCUACGACUUAGCUGAACAUAUGAAAAAACCUGUGAUUGUCACAUUCCGAAAGUUUGACACUCGAUCUAUUUCUACAGUUUUAUAUAAUAUUUUUAUAUAUAUAUAUAUACAUCUGUCUUUUUAUAUAUAUCUGAUUUACAAUUGUUUCUAUGUUUCGUCUCUAUGUUCCUAUAUUUUGUUUGGUUUUUUAUCAAAAUCUCGCAUCGGAGGUCAAAACGUCAAAACAAUUCAAGAGUAUAUCCUGAUUGCUCUUGCGAUGAAAUAAAUUUCGCACUUCCUAAUUA